AUGUUUCCUUUAAUCAUUUUCAUGUUCUUGGCUCCCUUCGAAUUCCAAUCUGAAAUUCUGGUGUAUGGAUGUGUUGACAAGUCUAUAUUCAUACUUGCCCGCCAGAGCAAUAUGGCUGGUCGAGGUGGUGUGCUGCAUGGGACAUGGGAUGGUUAUGUCCCUCCUGAAUGCCGUCCUAAGCCAAGGAUUCUACGACUUAACCCUAAAUUGAUGUGGGAGGAGGCACAUGAACCUCUUCAUGGAGACAUCGACACACGAAAACCUUGUGGGGUGGGACCGGGAAUGUCAUUCGCUAAUGGAGUGCUCGAAAGAGAUCCUUGUGUCGGGGCUAUCGGUUUGGUCCUUGUGCUAUUGGUGGCAUUGGCUUCAAGAGUGGGAUCCUAUUUCGAGGUUGUAAGAAAGGCCCAACUAGAGAUCAAACUUCCAAAUGUAGUAUGUGUCGAUGCUAAGGGACUGGAGGUGAAGAAAAAUGACACAGUGCACCUUACCACUUCAGCGCAAGUCCAACUAGGAAAGAUGUUGGCUAAUGCCUUUCUUCAGAUUGGAAUUUAG